UAUUAAAAAAUAAUACAAUUUUAUUAAUAUUGAAAUAAAAAUAUUAUGUCUAACACAAAUUACUUGCUAGUUAUCUAUAUAUUUAAUAUGAACUUAAUUAAAACAACAUGUAACUUAAUCACUGUAAUUUAUUUAACGUAAGAAGAUGUAAUAUGUUGGCUCGCCAAGCGGCUCAAAAAGGUUUAUAACACCGAAUUCGAAUGCAACCUCCGUAUAAUUUGAUUCUGUUAUUGUAUCAUGACGCCAUAGAGUAGUUGCUUUCUUGUUUGUGUUUCUUCCUUAUGUAAAAAAAAAAAAAAAAAAAACUUAAUAAAAUUCCACAUAGCAGUAACAUAUCUACACUACAAUUAAUUUUAUGGUGACCUUGCGUUACAAUCUCUCAGCCCAUCAGUUUCUCAUUUCAGAAAAAAGGUUUCAAACCAGCAAAGAACUAUUUCACCUCUAUAAAUUCACCAACUUCUUCUAACUUUAACACAAAUCCAUAUCAUAGGUGAUCAAAUCACACAUUCAAUUCAUGGAGGCCACAACUCACAUAGCCAUAGUAACAGUUCCUGUAUACAGCCAUCAACGCUCAAUCCUUGAAUUCUGCAAGAGAUUGGUUCAUCUCCAUCAAGACAUCCACAUUACCUGCAUCAACCCCACAUCUGGUCCUCCUUGCAAAAAUGUCAAAGCCCUUUUUGAAUCUCUUCCAUCAAACAUUGAACACAUGUUCCUUCCACCACCAAACUUGGAAGACAUGCUUCAUAAUAAGCCUCACCCUGGACUCCUAAUUCAAGUCGCCAUAUUGCGCUCUCUGCCUUCAAUUUACAAUGCCUUGGAGACUUUGCAUCAUUCAAGAUCAAAGCUUGUUGCUAUUGUUGCUGAUGGUUUGAUAACCGAAGCGCUUCCAAUGGCGAAGAAGCUCAAUGUUUUAUCCUAUGCUUAUUUCCCAUCCACAGCCAUGUUACUGUCACUCUGCUUGUACGCUCCCAUGUUGGACAAGAAAAUUACUUGUGAGUACAGAGACCUGACAGAGCUUAUAGAGAUACCUGGUUGCAUUCCAAUUCAUGGCACCGAUCUUCCUGACCAGUUUAAAGAUCGAUCCAGUGUAGAAUACAAGGUGUUUCUUGAAGCUAAUGAAAGAUUCUACUCAGCUGAUGGUUUCUUGAUUAAUACUUUUCUUGAUUUAGAACCAGUGACAAUAAGAGCAUGGCAAGAAAAAAAGAUGACAAGUCCCACAUCGGUUCCUUAUGUUUACCCAGUUGGUCCCUUUGUACAAGGAGGGUCAUAUGAUAAUCAGGGAAAGGACAUUGGAUACAUGAGAUGGUUGGACAAGCAGGAACCAAAUUCUGUUCUUUAUGUUUCCUUUGGAAGUGGUGGGACACUUACCAAUGAACAAACAAAUGAGCUUGCUUGGGGAUUGGAAUUGAGUGGUAAGAAAUUCUUGUGGGUGUUAAGACCACCACAUAAAUUUAACAUCAUUGAUGAAUUUGGUGCUGAAAAUGAUGAGGACCCUUUAAAAUUUCUACCAAAUGGGUUCUUGGAGAGAACACAAGGGCAAGGUUUGGUUGUUCCUUAUUGGGCAGCCCAGAUUGAAAUUUUAUGUCAUAAGGCAAUUGGUGGAUUCCUAUGCCAUUGUGGAUGGAAUUCCACACUUGAAAGCAUUGUCCAUGGAAUUCCAAUAGUAGCAUGGCCACUCUUUGCAGAGCAGAAGAUGAAUGCAGCUAUGUUAACUAAUGGAUUGAAAGUUGCUCUGAGGCCUAAGCUUAAUGAGAAAGGGAUAGUGGAAAGGGAAGAAGUAGCUGAUAUUGUAAAAAAUCUAAUGGAAGGUGAAGAGGGUAAAGGGAUUCGAAAAAGAAUGGAGAAGUUGAAAGAUGAUGCUGCUGAUGCAAUGAAAGAAGAUGGAUCUUCAACAAGGACCCUAACACAAUUAGCACUAAUAUGGAAAAAGUUGAGGGUCGAAUAG